UCCUCCACAGGGUUUGCAGAAAAGAGCUUGAUCAACGAGUUCAGAAGUCCUGAUUCCUGCCNGUUAGCUCUUCUACUUCAUCCCUGAGCACAGUCAACAUGCCUAGGGGUCAAAAGAGUAAGAGCCGCUCCCGUGCAAAAAGACAGCAGUCACGCAGGGAGGUUCCAGUAGUUCAGCCCACUGCAGAGGAAGCAGGAUCUUCGCCUGUUGACCAGAGUGCUGGGUCCAGCUUCCCUGGUGGUUCUGCUCCUCAGGGUUUGAAAACCCCUGGAUCUUUUGGUGCAGGUGUAUCCUGCACAGGCUCUGGUANUGGUGGUAGGAAUGCUGCUCUCCUGCCUGAUACAAAAAGUUCAGAUGACACUAAGGCAGGGACUUCCAUUCAGCACACACUGAAAGAUCCUAUCAUGAGGAAGGNUAGUGUGCUGAUAGAAUUCCUGUUAGAUAAGUUUAAGAUGAAAGAAGCAGUUACAAGGAGUGAAAUGCUGGCAGUAGUUAACAAGAAGUAUAAGGAGNAAUUCCCUGAGAUCCUCAGGAGAACUUCUGCACGCCUAGAAUUAGUCUUUGGUCUUGAGUUGAAGGAAAUAGAUCCCAGCACUCAUUCNUAUUUGCUGGUGGGCAAACUGGGUCUUUCCACUGAAGGAAGUUUGAGUAGUAACUGGGGGUUGCCUAGGACAGGUCUCCUAAUGUCUGUCCUAGGUGUGAUCUUCAUGAAGGGUAACCGUGCCACUGAGCAAGAGGUCUGGCAAUUUCUGCAUGGAGUGGGGGUAUAUGCUGGGAAGAAGCACUUGAUCUUUGGCGAGCCUGAGGAGUUUAUAAGAGAUGUAGUACAGGAAAAUUACCUGGAGUACCGCCAGGUACCUGGCAGUGAUCCCCCAAGCUAUGAGUUCCUGUGGGGACCCAGAGCCCAUGCUGAAACAACCAAGAUGAAAGUCCUGGAAGUUUUAGCUAAAGUCAAUGGCACAGUCCCUAGUGCCUUCCCUAAUCUCUACCAGUUGGCUCUUAGAGAUCAGGCAGGAGGGGUACCAAGAAGGAGAGUUCAAGGCAAGGGUGUUCAUUCCAAGGCCCCAUCCCAAANGUCCUCUAACAUGUAGUUGAGUCUGUUCUGUUGUGUUUGAAAAACAGUCAGGCUCCUAAANAGUAGAGAGUUCAUAGCAUAACAGAACCAACAUGUAUCCAUUCUUGACCUGUUAUACAUUAGUAGAAUGGAGGUUAUUUUUGUUACUUUUCAAAUGUUUGUUUAACUAAACAGUGCUUUGUGCCAUGCUUUCNGUUAACUGCAUAAAGAGGUAACUGUCACUUGUCAGAUUUGGACUUGUUUUGUUAUUUGCAACAAACUGGAACACAUUAUUUUGUUUUUACUAAAACAUUAUGUAACAUUGCAUUGGAGAAGGGAUUGUCAUGGCAAUGUGAUAUCAUACAGUGGUGAAACAACAGUGAAGUGGGAAAGNUUAUAUUGUUAGUUUUGAAAAUUUUAUUAGUGUGAUUGAUGUAUACUUUUUUCUUUUUUUGUAUAAUGCUAAGUGAAAUAAAGUUGGAUUUGAUGACUUUGCUCAAA